UCUUCAUCUUCAUCUUCAUCUUCAUCUUCAUCUUCAUCUUCAUCAUCAUCUUCAUUUUCAUCUUCAUCUUCAUCUUCAUCUUCAUCUUCACCUUCAUCAUCAUCUUCAUCUUCAUCUUCAUUUUAUUCUUCAUUUUAUUCUUCAUCUUCAUCUUCAUCUUCAUCUUCCUCUUCACUUUCAUCUUCAACUUCUUCUUCAUCUUCAUCUUCAUCUUCAUCUUCAUUUUCAUCUUCAUCUUCAUCUUCAUCUUCAUCAUCAUCUUCAUCUUCAUCUUCAUUUUAUUCUUCAUUUUAUUCUUCAUCUUCAUCUUCAUCUUCCUCUUCACUUUCAUCUUCAACUUCUUCUUCAUCUUCAUCUUCAUCUUCAUCUUCAUCUUCAUCUUCAUCUUCAUCUUCAUCUUCAUCUUCCUCUUCACUUUCAUCUUCAACUUCUUCUUCAUCUUCAUCUUCAUCUUCAUCUUCAUCUUCAUCUUCAUCUUCAUCAUCAUCUUCAUUUUCAUCUUCAUCUUCACCUUCAUCAUCAUCAUCUUCAUUUUCAUCUUCAUCUUCACCUUCAUCAUCAUCUUCAUCUUCAUCUUCAUUUUAUUCUUCAUUUUAUUCUUCAUCUUCAUCUUCAUCUUCAUCUUCCUCUUCACUUUCAUCUUCAACUUCUUCUUCAUCUUCAUCUUCAUCUUCAUCUUCAUUUUCAUCUUCAUCUUCAUCUUCAUCUUCAUCA